AUGAAAGAGCUUUCUUUCCGCCCCGGGUCGCCGCACUGAGAGCCGCCGCCAUGUCUGCGCAUCUGCAGUGGAUGGUCGUGCGGAACUGCUCCAGUUUCCUCAUCAAGAGGAACAAGCAGACCUACAGCACCGAGCCCAAUAACCUGAAGGCCCGCAACUCCUUCCGCUACAACGGGCUGAUUCACCGCAAGACCGUGGGCGUGGAGCCGGCGGCCGACGGCAAAGGCGUGGUGGUGGUCAUGAAGCGGAGAUCCGGCCAGCGGAAGCCUGCCACCUCCUACGUGCGGACCACCAUCAACAAGAAUGCUCGCGCCACGCUCAGCAGCAUCAGACACAUGAUACGCAAGAACAAGUACCGGCCCGACCUGCGCAUGGCAGCUAUCCGCAGGGCCAGCGCCAUCCUGCGCAGCCAGAAGCCUGUGAUGGUGAAGAGGAAGCGGACCCGCCCCACCAAGAGCUCCUGAGCCCCCUGCUCCCAAAGCAAUAAAGAGUCAGCUGGCCUUCUAAAAAAAAAAAAAAAAAAAAGAAAGAAAUCAAUGAAAGAGAGAGAGA